CUCAAAGGUCCGCUGAUGAGCCACUAUUUAAAUCACCUGUGUUCRGGGCACUGAAAACCUACAGAGYAGGGUGCCUGACUCCGUAGGGGAAGGCUCUGUUUGUUUCUACUACUCUUUAAUCCUUUGACUUGUUGAAGAGUUUGAGUUGGUGACAGCUGAAAAGCUGUUGUUGGAUCAACCAUGCUUGGCAAGARCCACACAGAUUUGUUGAUCACUGUGGCACUAAUCUUUUUGGCUCAUUUGGACUCUAUGUGCAGAGCUGAAAAUGAUUUGUCUUUGGUAAAAUUACCAGGGUGGAAAGACACCUCAGAAUAUGUUGGCCGGUGUUUCUACAGCCAACAUGGGAAUCUUACUUGCGACUGGACAAGAAGCCAAAUGGGAGAUACUUCAGUGGAAAUAUUGACGAGCCAUCCACUGACUGUCACUGGCCAGGCCUGCUUGGAGUUCUGGCAUCUGGCUUCAGGUGUUUCCAAUUACACUACAUUGCGCGCUUUGCUGAAAAGCGGCUUGAGGCAAGUGGAAAUCUGGACUUCUCCUCCUCUCCCCAGAGAUGCAUGGAGACAAGUCUCGGUGCCCCUGAACCUCACCGAACCAGGCACUCAGGUCAUAUUUGAAGCUGUCCAUCCACUGUCUGUAGAUCAGAUGACAUUAAAACAGAUUGGCAUAAGGAGUGGAUCAUGUAGAAACCAGUGUGACUCAAACACUGACCUGUGGACUGGUAACUCCACACGCUGCCUUUGUUCAGUUGGUCAGCUGUUCUGCUUUCUCUCUCAUUGCCCUAAGGGCCAAAUAUGUGGUCCUCAAAGAGAUGAACCCAGGAGCCGUUCCACUUCAGGCGUGUGCACUAUUCAAAGCAACACGGAUUGUCACACCUUUGAUGGCGCAUUGUUCCGCUUCACUUCCCCCUGCACAUAUGUACUGGCCAAAACGUGUUCAGCAUCUGAAGCUCUGCCAAAGUUCACCGUUGAGGUAGCCAACAUGCAAACUGGCAAAGUGUUGCAGCCUACUAUACAGCAAAUUACUGUAAACCUGGGGAAUACAAGGGUGUCCUUGCUAAAGAGCCAGACCCAAUGGGUUGUGGUUAAUGGCAUCUGGCGAGAGCUUCCACUAAACCUGAACAAUAAUACAAUCCACAUUGAGAGCAACCCUGCUGCCGUAGUAGUGCGAAGCAGUUCUGGAGUGUCCGUUUCCUUUGACAAUGCUGGGGCUCUUCAGCUCAGAAUUCCAUUACAAUAUUCUGAUAGGCUUUGUGGAUUGUGUGGCAACUUCAAUCAGCUCCCAGGAGAUGACUUGCUCAAGCCUGAUGGCACAAAAGCUGAAAGCGCCACAGCUUUGGCUGAGAGUUGGCAAAGUGGGGGAAAUGUCUCCUCCUGUGAAGCCAUUCAAGUACCACAACAGUGUAAUCCACAAGAUGAGGCUCAUUAUAGCAGCGAGAAUUACUGUGGACUUCUUCGUUCUAGCUCUGGGCCCUUUGCGUCCUGUCUACCAGAUGUAGGCGCCGAGAGCUAUUUCCGUGCUUGUUUACUCGCCUUGUGUUCUGCUCGUGGUAAUCAAAAAGUACUGUGUGAAGCACUGAAAGCCUAUGCAGAUGUUUGCAGAGAGGCUGGAAUUGCCAUACCCACAUGGAGGAACUCUACUUUCUGCAUGCUCGAGUGUGGCGAGAACAGCCAUUAUAAUUCAUGUGCCAAUGGCUGUCCAGAGGUGUGCUCCAGUCUAGAUCAAUUGAGUUUAUGUGGUAGCUGUGAGGAAAGAUGCGAGUGCGACCAYGGGUUCAGUCUCGGUGGGGGUAAAUGUGUCCCAGCAGAACAUUGUGGGUGCUGGUAUAAUGGAAAACACUAUGAGAGAGGGGAAAUGACUGUGGAGGGCAACUGUGUGCAACAGUGCCAAUGCAUUGGCAAUGAUGCCAUGCAAUGCACUGCAAUGACAUGUGCAAGUGAUGAAGUUUGUAAGGAAAAAAAUGGCAUCAAAGGCUGCUUCCCAUUCAAACCUGCCACCUGUAGUGUGUACGGCGAUCCACAUUACGUUACCUUUGACGAACUGGCUUACAGCUUUCAAGGGGGCUGCGCUUACACUCUCGCUACAACAUGUGGCAGGCUCAGCACAGUGCAGUUCACUGUAACUGGCUUCAACAUCCACCCUGCUGGACAAAAUUUUACUAGAGCUAAACUUGAAGCUGUGGUUCUUCAGCUUGAUGGACUGGAUCUCGCCUUGAAUCAGAGCGGGCAAGUUGACGUCCAUGGCAUCUCUGUCAGACUUCCUUAUUCAACUGAUGGGUCAUAUGGCUCACUGUGGAUCUAUGCAACAAAGGAUUACAUCAUUCUGGAGACUACCUUUGGCUUGAAAUUGUGGAUAGAUGGACACAGCAGGUUGUUCUUGCAAGUGGAUGAACGUUACAAAUAUGAACUCUGUGGUCUGUGUGGCACCUACUCUGGAUAUCAGGAGGAUGACUUCAUGAUGCCAGGAGGCCAUAUUGCCUCUGGAUCGUUUGAAUUUGGUGACAGCUGGAGAACUCAUACCAGUGAAGAAUGUACUGCCCAUCCAAAUGAUCCUAGAGAAUGUGACGAUGAUGGGACUGUGGCCAAUGAGGAAUGUUCCAUGGUGUUUCAUGGGGCCUUUGAGGCCUGCCAUGAGUAUGUUCACCCAAGCAUCUACUUCAGCAGUUGCGUAUAUGACUAUUGUGCCACAAGUGGUGAUCAGCUCACUUUUUGCGAAUCCCUGAAAUCUUAUGCCACAGCAUGCCAAGUUGAAGGAGUGGAACUCUCUAGUUGGCAAACUGGCACACCAUGUGAUUUCUCAACUGCAGAUCCAACAAUUCCAGGCACUACAUCUCCAAACAUCAAUUCCUGUCCCCUUAACUGCAGCUUUGACACAAAUAUGUGUGGAUGGGAGCAGCUCAUUCAAGACAGUUUUGACUGGACAAGACAUUCUGGAUCUACACCAUCAGAUUUGACAGGACCAAACCAGGACCACACCACAGGAUCUGGUUUUUACAUGUACCUUGAGGGAGAUGAUGUAACCCAUGGAGAUCCUGCUCGACUGUUGAGCCCAUCAUGCCAGCUUGAUGGCCCAAUCUGCUUCCACUUCUGGUACCACAUGCUUGGUUCAGCCACCAGUAUGGUUCUGAAUGUCUAUCAACUCCAAGGUAAUAAGGCUACCAGGGUAUGGAAUACAGUGGACAACAAAGGACCCGAGUGGCAAUUGGGAUUAGCUGACCUGAAAAUUUCUGGUCCAUUCAAGUUAAUAAUUGAGGGAAUUCGAGGCUCCACUGCUCAGUCAGACCUGGCUAUAGAUGACAUUGCUAUCACUUCUGGGUCAUGCUCAGUCUGCAACUUUGACUGUAGCUUCCAGAACGGCCUAUGCACUUGGCAGCAGAUGAUCACUGACGCAUUUGAUUGGGAAAGGAACAAUGACUCCACCCCUACUGAGAUGACUGGUCCCUCUGGCGACCACACUGGUGAUGGCCACUACAUCUAUAUUGAGUCCACGAAUGCGACAUAUGGUGACACAGCUCGUCUUAUCAGCUCCCAAUGUGCAAACACUGGUCCUCAGUGUCUGCAGUUCUGGUACCAUAUGUAUGGGUCAGCAGACACGAUGGGCCUCAAUAUUUACCUUCUUGAGAACAAAGUAGCUAAGGCAGUCUGGCAGAAGAGGAACAACCGUGGCGAUAUGUGGCACCUGGCCCAGGUUGAUCUAAACACAACUGCAGUGUUUCAGAUUAUCUUUGAGGGACGGAGGGGUUCCAAUGAUCAAUCAGAUGUGGCYGUAGAUGAUAUUGCACUGCACCAAGGAAGAUGUUCAGAUCUGGGUGGCAUAGAUMCAGUUCUUCCUGUUGAACCUCAAUUUAAAACAACAUCCAGCCCAAGUGUCAAUUCACCCACCAUGAUGGCUCCAGAACCCACAAUAGGAAAUGUUACAGUUCCCCUGGGUAUCACUUCGCCUACCAAAACAGCUCUGGAACCCCCCAUGCUGAAUGGCACAGCUGAGGUACCAACACUGAAUGUUGUGCCUCAUACAAUUAAACUAAUGACCAUCAAUAUGGACAAUGUAACUAAAACUCCUGAUCAAGUCAAACACCCAGUAUGCCAUCUUGACUGUGACUUUGAAAAAGAUUUUUGCCAAUGGAGUCAGAUGCUCACUGAUGUGUUUGACUGGGAAAGGCGUAAUGGUUCCACCCCUACACUGAUCACUGGUCCCCUCUCAGAUCACACUACUGGAGAUGGCCACUAUCUCCACCUUGACCCAAGCAUGGCAUCACUAGGGGACACUGCUCGUCUUAUUAGCACAGAGUGUUCAGACACUGGCCCACAAUGUCUAACAUUCUGGUAUCAUAUGUCUGGGUCUGACRCAAUGGGUCUUCAUGUCUACCUGCUCCAAGACAAACGGGCUACCAUCUUAUGGGGAAGAAGAAACAACCAAGGAAAUAUGUGGCAUCUUGCUCAGGUGGACGUGGUGGGAAAUGGAACAUUUCAGAUCAUUUUUGAGGGCCGAAGAGGCACCAAUGAAUCUGGCGUAGCUUUGGAUGACGUAAAACUUUAUCAUGGAGGCUGCCAAGAUUUGGUCAACCCAACAGCUGUGGCACCAGCAAACUGGACUACAACAAAUGCUCCUGAGGUUCCAGCACCCUCCAGUGAGACUGGACUGCAUACUCCAACUACACAAAGCAAUGCUACUGCUGGGCCCCAGGUUCCAGCUCCAACCAACCAAGCGCCCUCCAAUGUGACUAAACCCCAGCCUGUACCCACAGGUGGGGCUCAUCCCCCAACAGCACAAAGCAAUGCAACUGCUGGGCCCCAGGUUCCAGCUCCAACCAUCCAAGCGCCCUCCAAUGAGACUGAACCCCAGCCUGUACCCACAGGUGGGCCACAUGCUACAACUGCACAAGGCAAUGCUACUGGUAGGCCUGAAGUUCCAGCUCCAACCAACCCAGCACCUUCCCCUGAGACCAGUUUACAGUUUCCAAAUUCAACUACAUCACAAAUGCCUAAAAUUCCACCCACAAGUGAAUCGCAAGUACCAACAUUGAGGCCGAACCUUUCCACUAAUUCUACAAAGAGACCCCAGCAAACUGUUCCACAACCAGAAGCGCCACAUGUUUCAACACCCUCUUGUGCAGAGAACAGUCACUACACCACUUGCAUUCCUGCAUGCAGCCCUACAUGCAAAAACCUGACUGGUCCACCAUACUGCAGUUCAGAGAUUUCUUGUGCCUCAGGAUGUGUAUGUGAUGAUGGCUUUGUACAAAAAGGGAGCAUCUGUGUGCCUGUACAAAAAUGCGGAUGUAUUGACAGGAAUGGUGAAACUCACCAGUUCARUGAAGUAUGGUACACCAGUCAUUGCAAGCAGAAAUGUGAGUGUGAAGAAGAUGAUGGAGAGGGAAAGGUUGACUGCAAAGACAAAAAUGGGUGUGAAGAUGAUGCUGUGUGCAUUCAGCUUGAAACGGGCAAAUAUUAUUGCAAGUCUACAGACUUUGGUGAAUGCACCAUCCAGGGAGUCCCACAGUACCAAACAUUUGAUAAACUGAAACAUGAUUUCAGUGGGACAAACUUGUAUGUGCUGGUGAGGACCAAAAAUCUGCCAAAGAAUCUCCCAGAAAUCUAUAUAGAGGGCACAAAUGCAUGCACUGAUGACAGCAGUGAGGAGAUGGAGAGAAGUGAAAUCAGUGGAGAGGAUAAUGAGGAGCACAAACGAAGAUUGCAGGAGCUUAAAAUUAAAGUCUACAACCACACUGUAGAGCUCAAGCACAAGAGGAAAGUGUUCGUGGAUGGAAAAAGAAUUAAAGCUCCAGGUUCAGCAGCUCCUGGCCUUGAGAUCCAAAUGCAUUCUUCUCGCGUCCACCUAAAGACAGAUUUUGGCCUUUUGGUGGAGUUCAGUGGACACUGUAAAGCUGAUAUCAUUCUGCCRUUCCUUUAUAAAAGGAGAGUGGAAGGCUUGUGUGGAAACUUUGAUGGCCGAAAGACGAAUGACAAAGUGAAACCAGAUGGAACUAUUGCCAAGAAUACACAAGAGUUUGGCGAAAGCUGGAGAGUGCAUAUCUAGGACUACACUUUCAUGUUGCAACAUUGUAAAAACAUCCUUGGAAGUAGUGUGAUACUGUGCCUUUUAAAUUUUCAGACUGGCUUUGCUAUGAAUGUUCCAUUUCCUUUGAUYAAUGUUUAUCUGCAUCUUUAUCUUGUGGUCAAUUGUAAAAGUUUGCUGUUCAUGGUAUUAAAAUACUGAUUUGAAUUAAUGUCAUAGUGUAUAAAUGCAAGAAACAUGAAUGUGUAAAUGUAACAGUGUACAGUAAUGUGCAUUUCAGAUGCAGUAUGCUGAUUUCUGRCACUUCAGUUUAAUAAACUAAGAAGAAUGGUCA